UCAACGGCCCACAAAAACGAGAAACACUCGACUUACCUAACACUCUCCCCUAACUUUUCUUCUUCUUCUCCACCACCAACUCGAAAUUACAAACGAUUUCUGGAAAAGAAAAGAAAAAUGGAAGAAGUUACAGUGGUGGAGAACAAGAAAGUGAUACUAAAGAAUUACGUAGAUGGUAUUCCUACAGAAACAGACAUGGAAGUGAAGAUUGGAGACACAAUUGAGCUUAAGGCACCAAAAGGAUCCUCUUGCUUCCUCGUCAAAAAUCUCUACUUGUCUUGCGAUCCUUACAUGAGAGGUCGUAUGCGCGAUUUUCACGGCUCAUACCUCCCUCCUUUUCUUCCUGGUCAACGUAUUGAAGGGUUCGGUUUAGCAAGGGUGAUAGAUUCUGAUGAUCCCAACUACACGCCCGGCGAGGUAAUCUGCGGGAUUACUGGUUGGGAAGAAUACAGUUUGCUUCGCAGCUCAAAUGAGUUACAGUUGAGAAAGAUUCAGCUAGACGAUGACAUUCCACUUUCUUAUCAUCUUGGCCUUCUUGGAAUGGCUGGAUUUACAGCGUAUGCAGGGUUCUAUGAGAUAUGCUCUCCGAAAAAAGGGGAGAGUGUUUUUGUGUCUGCAGCUUCAGGAGCAGUAGGACAACUUGUUGGUCAGCUAGCUAAGUUGCAUGGCUGCUUCGUUGUUGGGAGUGCUGGUAGCAAACAAAAGGUUGAUCUUCUUAAAAACAAGUUUGGGUUUGAUGGAGCUUUUAACUACAAGGAAGAGGAUGAUCUUGAUGCUGCUUUGAAGAGUCUGGGACUGUACAGCUGGGGAUUGCAUUUGCAGAGUACGGAGCUCUGUUCUGUCCUCUUUUCCGGACGUUAGAGACCGUUGAAACUUUGAAGACAAACUUUGCGUUCUGGACUUCAAUUCGUUUGUGUUGCUGGGCCUUGUCGCAGUCCUUACUGCUUGACAUAGCAUGUUGGGCUUUAUAGCUGCUAGGCUUGAAGAGAUAUUGCUGAUAACCCCAGGCCCUUCCUCCAUCACAGCACUUUUAAUCCAUUAACUCGACACCAGAACGGGGUACGAUAACGGAAAACAUUGUGGCUUCUAUGACCUGAUUAUCUAUUUUGUCACAACGAUGACUAUAAAUUGAACUUGGUAUUUUUGAAUUUAAGUGGAGUUGUACGUCAGGGCCAGCUGAACAGGGAGGGCGGUCAGUGCGACCGCCCCAAGGCCCGCUCCAUACCCAGUAGACUUAGACAGCGUUGAGACAGAGUAUCAAAAAGUUUUAUAGCUAAAAUGUCAAGUAAACAUUUAUGUUCGAUGUUCAAGGGAAAAACUCAAAGAAAAAUAAUUUACUUUUCUA